AUGAGUACCGAUGUGGAAAGAGUUUAUGCGGUGCAUUCUAUACUUCAUUUGAUCUUUCAUCGAAAUAAAAACCAACAUCGAGGGACUAAGUGGUGGAAAUGGUUGUCGAUAUUGAAACGAGUCACCUUGAAGCUCGCCAGAUCCCUUGACCAUCAGCAGUCAUAUGGCAGUGUUGAGUCUUCUGCUGAUCAACUUAGACAUCACUUGUUGACCUAUGUUAUGCCGAAGUGCUACCAGUAA